CAGAAAGUAGCUCCUAAUCGGUCAAUAAAUGUAGCUUGAUGCCAAGAGGGGAUGUACAGCCUUGCUUCAAUCCCACAACAUUAUCUAGGAUGACCUUUUUUUACUUACAAAAGGUUUGUGAGUAAAAAUGUUUCACGGUUGUUUAGACAGCUACACGACAAUUGGUCGUGAUGACGCAUGUGUCAAUGUUUUGGGUGAGGUGUUAGGUCAGAGGUGCUAGGUUUUGUGUUGUCUGGAUAUGCAAGACUCUUCGAGGGGUAACAAGCAGACCAAUUCAUCCAUUGACAGACAGCCAUGAACGACGUCAACAAUCCCCCCUAUGCCCUGCCUGUUGCAUUCAAUGUGGGACACCUCGGAGAACCAACAGGUGGGCAUGGCACCACACCUGCCAAUCAGAACCAUCACUGGCCUGAUGAUCUCCUGGAUGACACCUGCACUGAUGGAUUACAUAAACAAGAAAACAAGUCCCCCUGUGGUCUCCAAGCCACCCAACCAGCAAAAACAAGAGGGAGUGGUGGUGAGGGACAGCUUUGGUGCCAGGUACAACCUGCCUGUAAGAUUGGUGCAGGAGACAACUGUGGUGCAGAAGGGGGCAGGACAUCAGGCACACAAACAGCAUGAAAUGUCAAACCUUGGGGCCAACAUCAAGCCACAAGUUCCAGAGGUGACAAGAGGGAGGCUAGCUUCUGCAGAUUGCCCUGCUGUCAAUCAAUCAGAACAAUCUGCACCAAAAUGGCAUGCAAAUCCAGCAGAUGCAGAGACCAGUAAAGCAGUUACAAGCCCAGCUGACCGCAGUACAGACUCAAGAGUCAUCUCAGAUAGGGGCAACCCACAUGACAGGAUGGGAACACCGGAAAAGGAACAGCUGAAGUCAGAAUGGCAGACAACUAUGAAACAAGACAGCAAGGUGCAGGAGGAGUGGCUCAGGUUGCAGCAGGAUCGAUCAGCAUUCGAGUAUGACAAACAGUACGAGAGGGAAAAACUGUCCGCCCUGCAACAUCAGGUGCAGAGGGACAGGCAGAAGCUGGCAGACAGUAGACAGCUACAGCAGGAUCUGGAGCACAAGAAGCAUCUGCUUGCUCAGGAGAAGGACAUCAUGGCCACUGACAAACAUCAGCUGGAGAUCCAGUGGAGGCAGCUGGCGAAGCACAAGCAGGAUCUUGCAGCAGACCGAGAGGACGUGGAGACAGAGAAGGAACAGCUGCGCAGGGAAUGGCUGCUGCUGAGUGAGGAGCAGAAUUUCAGACAAGACAGCAGCAAGAGGAAAUACCUGCACUUUAUCCGACUGAAACAUCUACGAAUGUUUAAAUUAUGAGAAGACACGGUGGCUUGUGGCUGAAGAAUACAUUUUGCAUACCUAAUCAGGAAAGCUCCAGAGAAUGAAUUAUUGCAUUUAUGGGAAUAGCUGCUAGAGGGCACUAAUGUUACAUGAUUGGUGUUCAUCAGAUCAUGAGAUACCAGUAGCUCUGCAUUUCAAGGUAAGAAAUUUUGAAUUGAUUUUAAGCUUCUUUAUUGUGUGACUAUGGUUCAUAAUUGUAUAAACUGUCACUGGCUGGGAAGAUGCUUUAAUUAGGCCUUCCACUAGUUAUUGCUGCUAUGUCACAUUCACUAUUAUUCAGCAUGUUUCAAAUUCUGAUUGUUAUAUUGACUACAUGUACAAGUGACUUUUCAACUUUGUACUUUCAGCAGUAACAGGAUGAUACAAAUAAUUCAAACAAAAAAUUUACUAAAAUUAUA